AUGACUAGUAAAUUAAUUAUGCUUGUGAGCCUGGUGAUUUUUUGCAGCAUAUGUACAAAUGGAAAAACAACAAGCAAAUGGCAGUUGGUGAAGGAGUGGCAUACAUAGCCCUCAACAUAUGUGGCAAAUUGGACACUAAAAGAAGACAUCUGCCUGAACUUCUAUGGAGAUUGCUGGCUUGGCAAUAUAAAUACUAAAGUGAAUAAUUCUGGCAAUCAAUUUGUUCCCCAGAUUUGCCCUUUGCAAAUUCAAAUAGGAGAUUUCCUUGUAAUUUCUUCUGAACCAUCUCUUCAAUAUCCAGGAAUAAUGAAUAUUUCUGAAGCAUCAUUCACUGACUGUCUGCAAAAUACCACAACUGAAGGUCAGUUGUGGUUUUUUAAAUCUGAAGAUAAGAUUUACUUUGGUUGCAAACUGAAAGGAAUGCACACUGUUAAUUCUUAGUGGCUGAGUUUUAGAACACAUUAUUUUAUCAUAGAUGGUUCAUCCCUUUGUCAACUGGGCCUUGGCCAAAAUGUGACACUGAAAGAGUGAUUGUGCCAGGAGAAUUCAAGUUCAGAGCUAUGCUCUGGACAUGGUUGAUGUCUUAGAGAAGUUUGGAAGACGUACAGCUGUCAUUGCCAGGCACCAUUCUCUGGGAAAUAUUUCUAGGAGCUGGAUGAAUGUUCUUGUAAAUUAUGUAAAAAAAAAAAAAAAAAAAAAAAAAAAAAAAAAGGCAGUGGCAGUAACACAACAGAAAAAUGGAAAAAUCAAGGAUAUAAAUGUAUCUGUCACCCACCAUUUACAAGUAAAACUUGUUCAGAAAUAAUUGGCCAAUGUCAAUGACAUAUCUGUUUCCAUGUGAACUCUAGAAAUAUUACUGCAAGUAGCUUCCUUUGUGAAUGUGAGGAACCAUUUUCAGGUCCAUUCUGUGAGAAGUCACUGAAAUAUUGUGUUUCUCAGUUUUGUUGGAAAGGAGCAAUUAGUCAAAAUUGAAACUCAGCAUAUAUCUAGGAAUGUGCAAAAGGAUUCCUCAGUCAAAACUGUGGAACUGAUGUCAGUGAGUGUUCAACAAAACCAUGUCAGAAUGGUACUCAAUGCAUUGAUAUUAUAAAAUUCUGGGCGACCAGGACUGACGGUGCCCAGCGGCUCGAGAAACCCCCGCGAAUGAUGUGUUCACUGAUAGCUACAAACAAAUUUCAUAAGCAACUUCAGACAACACAGGAGUCUUUUCCUUGCAAGACUAGAUGCAAUAGUGGAGGGAUAAAGACAAAUGACUUGAAGGUAUAUGCAACAAGUCAAUAUAGAAAUGGACCAUGCCAUUUAAUUCAUUGUAUGCCAAGAUUUAUUGGGAAAAACUGUGAGAAAGUAAUUUAUCACUGCAGACUGUUCACCAUCAACUGUCUGAAUGAAAGAUGGUGUUUCAACAUAAUUGGAAGAUUCAGAGCUACAGGUUCAUCCACCUCAUUAGAACGGACUCAAAUGCGCUCCUUUUGCGGCACCUCUGGAGCCGCCUGGCCACGUGCUGGCCGCGUCCAGCUCCAGGACCCUCAUGGUGGGGUGCGUGGGGGCCUAGCCAUCAACCUGCUGAUGGCGAGCAGGGGCAACUGGCUGGAGGGCGGCAGUGGCGUGACCCGCUACUACCUGGUGCUAGGCUGGGCAGGACUCACCGUGGUGGUGGAGAGUGGGCAUGCCACAUCUUACCUGCACGUGCAGUGCGGCUGCUCAGACAGCUUCAACACGGUGUCCGUGUGCGGCAGCCUGCGCACCCAGGACCGCGCGCUGCCCCAGCACGGGCAGGUCCUGGUGAUCCUGUCACAGCCGGAGGGCCACCGUCGGCUUCUCCAUCGCCCGGCUCCGGACGCGCCCCCAGGCGGCCCAGGCCUCCCUCACCCCCGAGGGCAGCCACAGGCCCCCACUCACACCUGA